GUUCACGAACUAUGUUGCAAUAGUUACCUCAAACAGUUGAGGCGUUGAUAUCGAUCCUUCUGCUCUCUGAUUCUUUGUUACUAUCGAGUAGGCUUUGAUGAAUUGAGGUACAUCCCUAUGUAUAUGAUUUGUUCAGUACAGACAAGUUAUGAUUUUCUCACUGUUUCGAGAUGACCUCCGACUCCAGCGAUUGAGCAGUGUUAUAAACUUUCCUUCGCCUCCCUUUAUUUCAGUUCCUCUUUUGCUCUUGUCGCUCUGCUUCCAGUGAUGGACACCAUUUCUUCUACGCUUCUUCAAGCAUACUUUCGUGACCGGGUGUUGUUAUCGAAUUUCGUCGCAUCAAGCAUCGUAAUGUUCUUGUACGAUUGGAUGCUCAUGCUCCCAGCGGAGAUAGAAUUCGUUUGGACAGCUAGCCUGCGACGACCUUUGAAUGUCCUUUAUAUCAUCCAAAGAUAUAUGCCAUUUGUUGACACUGUUGCAAUUCUCUUCGUAGUCUCAUUCGUGCAGCCAAUAGACUCAGAGGCGUGUCGUAUUUUAUACAACAUCAGCGGAUGGAUGUAUAUCACUGGAAUAGCCCUCACGGACGUCCUCCUUACUGCGAGAACCUGGGCGUUAUGGGGGAAAGAUAUCAGGCUGACAAUCGGCCUCCCUGUUUUCUUCAUGUGUUGCUGGGUACCCAACUUCUACAUAAUGCAUCGGUUUCUACGGUCGCAAACAUUCUUACCAUCUCCCCUCCCGCAAGAGAUUGGCUGCGUAAUUCUCGGUGGUCAACCAAUACUUUAUUUAUGCUGGGUCCUCCUGACAAUCUACGAAGCUGGUGAGAACUUACUCUCCUCUUUCCCUUGCUGUUCUUCGAUAUGUACAGUUCGCACUGGAAGGUGGUUGACCCGCGUUGUCUAUAGAGAUGGUAUCACGUACUACAUCAUAAUUUUCCUAUGGUCUGUCGUAAAUGUGGUCGCGAUACUAUUGCUUCCGCAUGUUUUCGAAAAUCUUUUUAGCUCCUACCAGCGUGUGAUGCAUACCGUCCUCACUAGCAGAGCAAUUCUGCACAUGCGAAGCAAAUCUCGCAAGUUUCCGACAACGAGGUCGCUGGCCAUUGUGGUGACCCAGGAACAUGUGAUUUCAGGACUAGAUGAUGAAGACACACAACGUACAAGAACAGCCAAUGAUAUGGAAUUAUCACUCUUGCAUUGA